AUGACAUGUAUUGUGGACAUCGCCUCCUUUAAGCUAAUGAUCACCCCACUUAACGAGCGCAGUUCGCCGGUAGUCCAGUCGAAUGGCGACCUCUCUGGCACCCCGCUUCUAUACAAACAAGACGAACGCGGAGCCGACCUCCCUGCUCGAGGCAAAGACACCAUGGGCGACCUCGACCAUGAUACACCUCGAGGACGCCGCAGUCGCGUGGCAAGUCCCCUCAUAGGCUCUCGCCCCCAUACCUCCACGCACUCCUUCCACUCGCGUCGUUCCGCCAUGCGCAGCCGCAGCCCGCAACAGGCGGCCUCGGCUACAGCUACGGCACGGAAGAAGUACACCCUGGCCACCUUCUUCCUCGUUGUCUGUCUCGUCGCCUUCGCCAUCCAGACGGAACUGUCCGCCUAUAUUCAGCAGGAUCUCGGUUGGAACAAGGCCUACUGUAUGCUCUAUCUCACCCAUAGCGCCUGGACCCUUCUGUGGCCCGUCCAACUCCUCGUCCUGCGGCUCCAGAACUACAACGUCCCCUGGCACACCUUUUGGCGCCGACACCUCGCUCUCUUGCGCAGUACCUCCAUCAUGGUGCAGACCCAGGACCUCGACUGGACUCGCCCCGUGGCCGGCUCCGGCGCGCGUCCCUCUGCGAUCCGCUACCUCGUCCGCACGACCGCCUUCAUUGCGACGGCUUUGACCGUUGCCGGCUUCUCCUGGUACAUCGCCGUGAACCUUACUACCCCUUCCGACCUGACGGCCAUCUACAACUGCUCCGCUUUUUUCGCCUACGUCUUCUCCGUGCCCUUGCUCCGCGAGCCCCUUCGUCUCGAUAAGUCCCUCGCCGUCGUUAUAGCCAUCGCUGGUGUCCUUAUUGUGGCGUACGGAGCCCAGGACCAGUCUCUCGAGGGACCCAAGAACGGGGGUCAGCGGUUCGCGGGGAACAUGAUCAUCGGCGCUGGGUCCGUCCUCUACGGCCUUUAUGAGGUCCUUUACAAGCGCUUCGCUUGCCCACCUAGUGGCUGCUCUCCCAUCCGUGGCGUCGUCUUCGCCAACACCUUCGGCGCCCUCCUCGGCCUCUUCACCCUUGUCGUUCUCUGGAUCCCUCUGCCCCUUCUGCACUGGACCGGUAUCGAGACGUUCCAUCUACCCACCGGCCACACCGCCCGGAUGCUCUUCCUCAGCGUCAUCGCCAAUGCCACCUUUGCCGGUUCCUUCCUCGUUCUCAUUAGUCUCACGAGCCCAGUCCUCUCCAGCGUCGCCGCUCUUCUGAGCAUCUUUAUCGUUGCUGUCACGGACUGGGUGCUCACCGGCGAACCCCUGAGCGCCGCCGCGCUGCUAGGCGGCAUCUUGAUCAUGAUCGCUUUCCUCAUGCUUGCGUGGAGCACGUGGCGCGAAAUGGCCGACAGCCAGCGUCGCAAGGCUGUGGACUUGACUGACAGCGGAGAUGAUACCGAUAGAGAUUUUCGCGAGGACUAA